AUGGAAACGUUCGCUUUCGCAUCAGCUGUGCGUGGAUAUCAUGUUUAUAAAGACGUAUGGAAACCAUCGAUCGGGGAAAAGCUUGUUGCUAAACGAGAGUUUAACAACCCAACGGACAAACACGCCGUGAAAGUAGUGAAGGACGACGAAACGGUCGGCCAUUUGCCUCGCGAAUUCUCUCCAAUAGCGUGGUACUUUCUUUCACGUAGUGGGGAAAUCAGCGUUGAAGUGAUCGGUCGCAGACGACACUGUAAGCAGCUGUGCGGAGGAAUGGAGAUUCCGUGCCAGUUAGAGUUUAACUGCUCAAACAAAGCGCAGAUGAAACGCUUAAAAGAACUACUGGCAAGCAAGAUUCAGGUAUAG